UGUUUGAGAUGUUGGGACCGUCCCGCCCCCCUCUCCUCCUCGUCCCUCCUUCUCCUCUUUUGGUUCCUCCUCUCUCCUCUCCUCAGUGGUGGUCGGCCGGUCGGCGGGUGAGGAUGGGUGCGGCGUUCAGGAGGUUCUGCGCUCGGUUCUGCUGCUGCUGCUGCGUCCGGGACGACGAGGAUGAAGAUGAGAAGAGGCCCAUAUUCAGUAAUGAGACGCUGCAGUAUUUCGACCGCGAGGCGAAGAAGAGACGCGACCAGGAGACGAAUUUAUGGAACGAACCGGGAGAUCCAUCACACUCAGAGAGAGACGACGACAGAGCGCUCUACAACCUCCUCCAGAACCGAUCCAGAACCCACCGGGGGUCUCAGGGCUACAGGAGGCUGAGCGUGGACAUCGAGGCCAUGAGGGAGGUCAGGAGAGAGGUCAGGGACAAGUGGAAGAUGAUCCUGGAGAACCUGGGUUUCAUGGAGGGGGCGGAGUCUCUGUUGGCCGUUAACGCGAGUGCUUCGUACGACCGUAUAAGGAACGCGGCGGCGGCUCGAACCCUCCUCCAGACCCUCCACUCAGAGACGUCCAUCUUCAACAGCGGUGAACCUCCUCCUGAGAGGUACCUCUUCACCCUGGAUCGACUGAUUUAUCUGGACGCGGCGGAUGAGUUUGUGAUGAAGGCUCGACGUUUCUACCCUCCUAGAGAGGAGGACGAGGAUGAGGAGGAUCAGGGCAGCACUCUUCCUCUCCUCCUGUCCAGGGUCAAUCAGCACCUGUCUGCAGGAGAGGACGAGGACGAGGAGGAGGAGACCAGCAAGCAGGAUGAAUAAACCUGGACUUAU